CCUGGCGCGCGCGCACCAUUGUGUGGCUGGACUCGGCCGCCGCUGCGGUGUGAGGCGCGUGUUCGGGUUUUCGCCGUCCCCGCACCCGCACCGCGGCUUUUGCCUUGCGGUCCGCCAUUCCGACAGCCAGCCUUCGGGGCCCCUGCCCGCCACGGACAUGCCGCGCGUCUACAUAGGACGCCUUAGCUACAACGUCCGGGAGAAGGACAUCCAGCGUUUUUUCAGUGGCUAUGGCCGCCUCCUCGAAAUAGACCUCAAAAAUGGGUUAUUCUCUUCAUGUGAUAAAGGUGGUGGAGGUGGAUACAGCAGUCGGAGAACCUCUGGCAGAGACAAAUACGGACCACCUGUUCGUACAGAAUUCAGGCUUAUUGUAGAAAACCUUUCUAGUCGUUGCAGUUGGCAAGAUUUAAAGGAUUUCAUGAGACAAGCAGGUGAAGUAACCUAUGCGGAUGCUCACAAAGAACGCACAAAUGAAGGCGUGAUUGAGUUCCGUUCCUACUCUGACAUGAAGCGUGCUUUGGAUAAACUGGAUGGUACAGAAAUAAAUGGCAGAAAUAUUAGGCUCAUUGAGGAUAAGCCACGAACGAGCCAUAGGCGAUCUUACUCUGGAAGCAGGUCAAGGUCACGGUCUAGAAGAAGGUCACGAAGUAGGAGUCGCAGGAGCAGCCGCAGUAGAUCUCGAAGUAUCUCAAAAAGUCGCUCCCGAUCCAGGUCUCGGAGCAAAGGUCGAUCACGUUCUCGAUCAAAAGGCAGGAAAUCUAGAUCAAAAAGCAAAUCUAAGCCCAAGUCUGAUCGGGGCUCCCGUUCGCGCUCUCGAAGCAGAUCUAAGGAGUAUGAGAAAUCUCGAAGCAGGUCUCGUUCUCGAUCUCGUUCCCCCAAAGAAAAUGGAAAAGGUGAUAUAAAGUCAAAAUCUAGAUCAAGAAGCCAGUCUCGUUCAAAUUCACCCUUACCUGCUCCACCUUCAAAGGCACGUUCUGUGUCCCCUCCACCAAAAAGAGCUUCAAGAUCCCGCUCUAGAUCUCGUUCAAAGUCAAGAUCACGGUCCAGAUCGAGUUCCAGAGAUUAACCUAGAACUCUAUAUUCUUUGCACACUAUUAUGGAACACUUUCCUACUUGCUUAGGCAGUUACUCUUCCAUAUUUGUACUUGGCCUCUUCUGCAAGAGGAAUCUCCUGAAAAUGGGGGCACACAGAAAUUUGAUUUGUGGCCAAAUUUGAUGAAAAAAAUGAGAUUCUAAAGAAAUGGUGGCAUGAAGUAAAGACCCUCUCCCUUCUUUGUAGAAUUAAGAUAACUUUGGUUUUAUAGCUUUUGAGCUAAAAUAACUUUUGUAAAGAUUAAGCUCAUUUAGAUUUUUUUUAAGUAUUUCAGCAGGAUCUGCUGCAGGGAUUUUGUUGUUUUGUUUGCUUUUAAAUUAACCGUUUCAAGCUUUGAAUACCUAAGGCUUUAGAGGGAGACCCCAAUUUUCAGUUAUGUUGGCUUUUUAUAAAGCUUGAGUUAUGUAAGAUUUCAAUAAAAAUUUGCUACCAAGAUGAUUGCCUUACUGAAUAGGUCACUAUUAAAUUCCUUUAAAUACUGAUAAUUUGCUCUUUGUGAAAACAAUGUAAAUUCUACCUAAGUGUAAAAGAAAGCAAGCCUCAGACCAGCAAUAAAUUAUUCCAUUUGGGUAACAUUUUGUGCUGUUAAUCAAAUUUGCCAAAGUCUAUCUGCCCCGUUGAGUUAAGUUAAAAAUAAAAGGUAUUUUGUAGUCAAUUA